GUUCCUUGUGCCAUGUUACCCCGAUCUAGCAUUAAGACCUUUCGUUAGUUCCUCACUUUUCUUUGGCCCGGGCCUAUCGUUGUUAAGGACGCUAGCUACUCCGUGAGGGUGGUCCAUCAUUGGGCUGGGCCAUGCUGCCUAUUCCUCGAGAACGCCGAAGCGUAGUUGAGUGUUAGGCAAUCCACAUCCCUCAGGACCCACAGUAUCAGCCUGCAUUUCUGUCUCCCCUCUUCACUAUGCCAUCAAACCUGAGAGUAGAGUCCUAUACACCCCUUGUCAUGCUAAUCCUAGUCUGCUGUUCGAUUACCAUUCUCAGCCUACGUGUUCCGUAACGCGGGCUGGAUCUAUUGCCCUUCAAAAUUACCACUUCCCUUCCUCCCUUCCCUGAUUCUGUUGUUCUGUUGUUCUAUUCCCUAACACUUCCCCCUUCCCACCUCUUUCUUAUAGGUUCUAGGUACUAUGCUUUGCUGGAUGGUUGGUGAGGCAGCUCAAUUGGCUGUUGCGUAACGGCGACACCUCUACCUGCACGGACACCUAACGAACGACGGAGCCAGGUCAGUAUUCAAGCAUCAGAAUACGACUAUGUACUGUGACUGCCGGAAAAAAGGGGAUCAUGGGGACGUUUAGACGGAGCGAGCGUAAUCAUCUGUCUCCUCAGUCCCCACUAGUUUGUGAGACCCUCGCCAACCAUCCAGCAAGGGACAAUAGUCUGUGGUCAAGUGAAUUAUUUUCCCCGAACACACCCUUUCACCGUAUUGUUACCGGUUAUUGGUGUCAAGGCGGAGACGUUACGAAUUUUAAUGGUAGCGGAAGAGCUUCUAUAUUUGAUCAAUCAUUCGUGAAUGAGAAUUUCAAUUUACGUCAUGCUGGCCCUGGCAUUUUAUCUAUGUGUAAUGACGAUGAAAAUAAAAACGAUUCCAAAUUUAAUCUUACUUUUAGACGGUUAGAGACAAUGGAUGGAAAACAUGUAGUUUUUGGAAAGGUUAUUUCGGGUCUCUCAAAUAUUUACAAGAUUGAAGAAUUUGGGACAAAGACGGGAAAACCGAUUAAAACAAUAAUUGUAGCCAACUGUGGCAUUAUAUCAAAAAAACACAAGCGGUACCCACCGGAAAUAAUGAACGACGUAGAAAAUACAUAAAACAAGGAAACGGAAAACUCUAUCGAUACGAACCACUUCGGCAAGGAUUUCGAUUAUAGCAAAUGGCUGACAUGCUCAUGAGUGGCUAAUUAUUUAGGUACUAUGAUCGAUCAUUGUGUCAAUACGUGAUAACUUAAAUAUAAGUGAUAAUUUAAAACAAUGAUAAAUAAAAAACAUUACAUUAACCAUUUUUUUUAUUGUUUUAUUUGUUGGAAUGUCAGUCUGUUUGUGACUUAGCCUUCCAUUUUUAGUUGGUUUUUAAUAUUUACAAACUCUGUUGGUGUCAAAUAUACAUAGCUCUGUAUAUAAUUGUAUCAAACAUAUUGUUUAUAAUAAUAAGGUACUUUAAAGGCCGCAUAUAUAAUAAAUGUUACUUAUGUGUGCACAUUAUCCUUGCAAAACAUAACCAUUGUGCAAUUAAAAUAUUUCACUAUUUCACCAUAUGUACAUUAUAUGGUGUACAAAAUGCAGCUUUUUCAGGAUCGCCUAAUUAUCUCAAUUAUAUCGUGUAUCAGAUACAAAAACCUCUAGCGAUGUAUACAUUUUAAGAAUAUAAUUAUUAUUAGAAACACAUACGUAAUGCACAUUUAAUGCAAAACCAUUAUUCUAUGUAUAUUUUUAAAAAAAAACCUAUAAAAACAUUUAUUUUUUCUGUUUUCAUUAACGUUAUAUAUAUUGAAUAUUGUAGAAUAUAUACGUAUGUUAUUUUCAAAUUAGUAUUUUUUAUUUAUUUAUAUGUUAGUGUGAUUUAAAAAGUGUUAAGA